AUGGCGCACCAGUCCUCCCAUAAGAGUGUGAUGGCGCACCAGUCCUCCCAUAAGAGUGUGAUGGCGCACCAGUCCUCCCAUAAGAGUGUGAUGGCGCACCAGUCCUCCCAUGAGGGUAUGAUGGCGCACCAGUCCUCCCAUAAGAGUGUGAUGGCGCACCAGUCCUCCCAUAAGAGUGUGAUGGCGCACCAGUCCUCCCAUAAGAGUGUGAUGGCGCACCAGUCCUCCCAUAAGAGUGUGAUGGCGCACCAGUCCUCCCAUAAGAGUGUGAUGGCGCACCAGUCCUCCCAUGAGGGUAUGAUGGCGCACCAGUCCUCCCAUAAGAGUGUGAUGGCGCACCAGUCCUCCAACGAGGGUGUGAUGGCGCACCAGUCCUCCAACGAGGGUGUGAUGGCGCACCAGUCCUCCCAUAAGAGUGUGAUGGCGCACCAGUCCUCCAACGAGGGUGUGAUGGCACACCAGUCCUCCAGCAAUUAG